AUGGCCGCCGCAGCUUCUUGCGGGUCGUUGGGGCGCGCCGCGGGCGCCGGGGCGCUUCAGCGGGCCCCCUGGCGCGGGUCGGCAUGCGCCGCGCCUGCGCGAGCUGCGCGGUGCAUUUCCGCCGAAGCCGCCGCGGGCAAGCACGUGGCGGUUGCCGGCUGCGGCGCGGCGGGGGCGAGCACCGCCAUGCACUUAGCGCGGCUAGGUGCGCGCGUGACCGUGCUGGAUCCCCGCCCGCCCCUGACCGCGACGAGCCAGUAUUCGACCGAGUGUUACCGCAAUUUCUUCAUGGACCCGCCGCUGGUCUCCCUGAUGUCGCGGUCCAUCGACCUCUUGGAGGAGCUGGCCGGGGACGAGAACCUCAUCGGGCUUGGCCGGCGCGGUUAUUGCUUCCUGUCUGCCACGGAGGGCGGCGGCGCUGCCCUGGAGGCGUUCGCCGAGGCCGCUUCGCACUUCGGGGGCGGGCCCGUGCGCAAGCACCACCGAGCCUCGGCCAGCGGCGGCUACGUCAGGAGCCCUGUCCGCGGCUUCCGCGGCCCUGGGCUGGACGGCUUCGACCUGCUCGUCGGCUCCGACGCCAUCCGAGAGGUGUUCCCUUUCGUCAGCGAGAAGGCAACGGCCAUGCUGCACGCUCGCCGGUGCGGCUGGCUGGACCCCAGGGCCUUGGGCAAGCGAUGCUCGCGGCGGCCAGGGCUGCGCGACCAGAGCUGCGAGUAG